AUGCCAGCACGAAUUAAUAAACGACAGCAGCGCGAGCAGGAAGAGCUUCUCGCGCUAGGAAACCAUCCUGCUGUAGCCGACGAUGCGGACAGCGAGGGGGAACCAGCACCAAUAGCACCCUCGGGGUUUGCAGCGCUUUCUGUUGCAGAAGAUGACCAUGAUGGACCUGAGAGCGAUGAUGAAACAUCCAAGCCUACAAAGGCAAAGAAGGCGCGUAAUUCAGCAUCCGAUGUACCAACAAGCCCUCAGCAGGCUAAACCCGCUGAGGCACCAAAGCUCCAGCAGCCUAAAUCUGUAAAGAAAGGCAAGGGAAAAGAGAAGAAGAAAGACGGCCUGGAUGAUCUAGACACGGCGCUCGCAGAGCUUUCCCAAAAAUACCCAGAACUCCAGAGCGUCGCGACUUCCUCAUCAUCAACUACUCGAAACGCAUCUCUUGCAUCCCUUCUAUCCGUCUCAGUAUCCAACCUCGAUGCAGAAGCAGAAAUGCGCAAGUUCUUUGGCGCAAGGGCCGUCAUAGCUGCAAAAUCAUCAGAAACAUCUUCCUCUGGCGGCUCCAAAAAGCGGAGGGAUGUUGCUCCAACCCAGGCUCAGCGUUCACAGCUUACACGACCCCAUCCAUCAUGGAGUAUGAUCAAACAACGUGAAGGCCUCUCUUCUCGCCCAUUGACCGACGAGGAGGUGCAACAAAAGAUUACAGAUCAAAAUAGCCCAGCCGCAGGAGACAGGUGGUGGACUGUUGAGUAUAGUAAGAGGUACAAGGGUGUCACAAAGACCUUUAUGCAGGCUGUAUUAUCAGGAGAUCCUGAAGCGCUGUGGAAAGUUUUGCAGAAACUCCCGUGGCAUGGCGAUACACUGCUGCAGCUGGCAGAGGUAUAUCGCCAUCAAGAAGAAUACAGCCAAGCUGUGGAAUACGUGGAUCGGGCGCUGUUCUCAUAUGAACGCGCCUUUUUAGGGUCAUACAGCCUCACGAAUGGGCUCAACCGCCUCGAUUUCAACCGCGUCGAGAAUCGUCCCUUCUUCCUUGCGUUGCAUCGGCAGGUCACUGAUCUUCAGCGUCGCGGUUGCAUCCGUACCGCAUUCGAGUUUGGGCGCCUUCUAUACUCCCUCGAGCCAUGGACAGAUCCACACGGUGUCCUGUUCCAUCUUGACUUCGUUUCCAUCAAAUCAGGUAUGGGGCAAUGGCUCUUGGACGUAUAUGCCGAGUUUGCUGGCGCAAAGACGACAUUCGAGGAUCAUUUGAAUCCGAGCGUGUUGCCUGGAUGGGCCUAUGCGAGAGCCCUGGUGCUUUUUGCAAGAGAGAAAGCAGGUGGGGGGCAGAGCGUAGGAAGCGGUACGGACGCGCUGAAGCACGCUAUGCUAGCCUUCCCAGAAGUAGUACCACUACUGGCCGACAGGUGUGAUAUUCCACUAUCUCCAGAGCUGCGCGGACACAGAGCAUUCAGGAUUCAAACUGACGGAAUUGGGCUGUCACCUGCGCAAAGCGUUCUCCACCUCUUAUCUCAUCUUUAUGCUCAGCGAUCCGCAACUCUCUGGAAAUCCGCUUCACAUAUGAAAUGGUUCGAAAGCACUGCUAAUGGAAUUCAACCGUUGCUCAAUGCCCAACGCUCCAAUUCAACUCGUGAGCGGUUCCUCCAAAUGUACGCCUCGACAACGCUUCGCUACUCUGUCUACCGACAUAUCCUCGUUCUCGAGCAAAGUUUCCGGAACCUCACCCCCUUCAUCCCACGCUCUGUCUUGCUAGCUAAACAGCUUGCAUGCGAUCCGCUUCCACCACUGACGGCAUCCUCCGAAUACAACGAUGCCUUCUUUGUAGGUGCAGAAGAGAUUUUCAGUGUCCGUCCUCGCCGACGAGAUGCACGCGCGUUGGAGCGACUCAUCCCAGACGCAGGUGUCAGGGCGCAAAUCGAAGCGCUGUUUGAUGCGAAUCCUGGGCUGGCAGGGCAGUUGCCCGGUGGCGUUGUGCAGCUUGUGCAGAUGAUGGCAGAAAUACCGGAUGAGGCUUUGGAUGAUAUGAUGCUUGGUCUUGCGAUGGGUGCUGGAGAGGGUGGUGCCGGUGUGCCAGGUGGAGGGGGUAUGCCAGGUGGAUUGCCGAUGGAGGGGGAUCAUGAGAUGCCGGACUUGGGACAGAUGCCUCUGAGAGGUGCAGCGGAAGCGGCGCCAGCCUUAGCGGAUGAGGAUGAAAGCGAGGAGGAAGAUGAGGACGAUGACGAGUAUAUUGCUCCCAUGCCCAUACGGGUUGUGAGGAAUCUGUUGAAUAGGUUUUGGGGAGGCGGGGCUGCGGCUAACAGAGAUGAAUCUGAUAGUGAUGCUGAGGAACGGGACCACGACGGUGUUGACUAA